GCGCCGGUGAGGCUGCAGCCGUGAUUGCUCAUCCCUUCUUCACCAUUCCUGCCCGCCGCCGGCGGGUCUCCGGCACUGCACAGCCAUGACGACCUCGGCACUGCGCCGGCAGGUGAAAAACAUCGUGCACAACUACUCGGAGGCAGAGAUCAAGGUGCGGGAGGCCACCUCCAAUGAUCCCUGGGGACCCCCCAGCUCCUUGAUGUCAGAGAUCGCCGACCUCACCUUCAACACGGUGGCCUUCGCCGAGGUCAUGGGCAUGAUAUGGCGACGGCUGAACGACAGCGGCAAGAACUGGCGUCACGUCUACAAGGCCCUCACCCUCUUGGACUACCUCAUCAAAACCGGCUCCGAGAAGGUGACCCACCAGUGCCGGGAGAACCUCUACACCAUCCAGACACUGAAGGACUUCCAGUAUGUGGACCGCGAUGGCAAGGACCAGGGCAUCAACAUCCGAGAGAAGGUGAAGCAGGUGAUGGCGCUGCUGAAGACGCUGAGAGCGCUGAAGCAGGAGCGGGCGCACGCUCUGCAGACCAAGGAGCGCAUGGCCCUCGAGGGCAUGGGCAGCGGCAGCCACCAGGUCUCCUACGGCCGUCGUGCAUCGCCCUACGGUGACGACUACGGCCGGGCACGGGGCUCGCCCUCCUCCUUUAACUCAUCAUCCUCGUCCCCACGGUUUGCCUCCGACCUGGAGCAAGCGAGGCCCCAGACGACGGGCGAGGAGGAGCUGCAGCUGCAGCUUGCGCUGGCCAUGAGUCGGGAAGAGGCGGAGAAGAAGCCACUUCCUCCAAUUUCCAGUACAGAUGAAGAAAGGCAAUUGCAGCUAGCGCUCGCGCUGAGCAAAGAGGAGCACGAGAAGGAGGUGAGGACUUGGCAAGGGGAGAAUUCCCUGCUGCAGAGAGCCUCAGAGGAGACUACCCAGGGCAAGGAGGAAGAGGAGGAAGAAGAUAAGAUGAAGAAAAGCCAGUCCUCUAUCCUGGAGCUGGCAGAUAUAUUCGGGCCGGCGCCAGCCCCCUCCAGCCACGCGUCUGCCGACCCGUGGGAUAUGCCAGAUAUGAAGCCCAAAGCGGAGCCGGCAGCCUCUGCCUGGUCCGGUGCGACUGACCCCUGGGUGCCGGUCCCAGCUGCCGGCGGGGAGCCCCUCUCCCAGGCGAGCGCCUCGUCCCAGCAAACCUCCGCCGGGCCCUGGGAUUUCCCCCCCGGCACCACCGCAGCCUCUGACCCUUGGGGGAAGGCACCCUUGUCUUCUGGCUUCCCUGCUGCGGACCCCUGGGUGACGGCACCCCCCCCCCCCCCAGGUUCUGGUUCUACACCAGCUGCCGAUCCUUGGGCCGCUGUGGCCGAGCAACCUCCUAACCCUGCUCCAGGGGGGGACGCUUUCGACCUGUUUGCAAAGCCGCCCGAGCCAGCCGAGCCGCCGGAGCAAGAGCCCUCUCAGCUACCCUCCUCGGCCAAGUCCAACAGCCCCGUCGAGCUGGACCCCUUCGGCGACCUGUUCCCCAGCACCAGGCAGGAUGGGGCGAAGAGCUUCGACCUCGCCAACCUGGCUGACUCCCUGCCCGAAUCCGGCAAGGAGCGGAAGGACUGUAAAACCCCCGAGGCCUUCCUCGGCCCCGCCGCCUCCUCCCUGGUCAACCUGGACUCCCUGGUCGCGCCCGCGCCGGCCUCCAAGACGCGCAACCCCUUUCUCUCGGGUCUGAGCACGCCGUCCCCUACCAACCCCUUCAGCCUCGCCGAGCAGCCCAAGCCGACGCUCAACCAGAUGCGGACCAGCUCGCCGGUGCCCGGCCUGCCCGCGGGUCUCCCCGCCAACUCCAUGACCUACAGCGCGUCCCUGCCGCUGCCCCUCAGCAGCGUCCCCGCCGCCGCCGCCGCCCUCCCCGCCUCCGCCAGUGCCUUUCCCCAGGCCGGCACCUUCCCCGAACUCCCCAGCAACUUGCCGCAGCCUUUACUACCGCUGAGCGGCCCCCCGGCCCCGCCGUCCGCUCCGGGGGGGCUCAACCCCUUCCUCUGAAUCCUCUGGACGUGUAGACUCUCGCCCUGUCCCCGGCUGUUACAAAUCCCCCCGGCCUUUCCUUCCGCCAAGACCUUGCGGGGGGGGGGCCCAGCGGUUCGCUAGCUGCAAGGGAGGGUGCCCCCCACGCCAGCCCCGUCCCCGUGCCUGCCGGCUGGGGGGGCAGCCAGCAUGAGCCCCCGUGCUUGACAGGCAAGAGGGGACCCCCCCCCCUCCCCGGCGAAGGCCAGAGCCUCGGCCGAGGGGCCAUGGCGGGGCCUGUCCUAAGGACUGUGGCGGUUUUGGGGGCUCCGGUGCAGCGGGCUGGGCUGGUGCAUGGGGUCUCGCUGCUGGAUGGGCCCCCCCGGGGUAGGGGGCUUUGCCUCGGCGCCUGCGGGGAGCUGGGGCAGCGCUGGGGCCGGGGGGAGCCGCGGUUAUACCCCCCCCCCCCCAACCGUGCUCCCUUCCCCGGGGUCCCCGGCUGGUUCGCGCUCCCCUGGCUGUCGCUCGCCGCCCCCCCCCGCCUCUCUCGCCCGCCCCUCGCCCCCUUCCCGCUCGCUGCCGCCCCUCAGCCCCCUCCCCGGACCCUCCCGAAGGAGCUGCGGGCAGGGCCCCCGCGGGGGCAGCCGCUUCCUCGCCCGCUGGCGGGGGCGAAAGGGGUGGUGGUGGGGGGGGUGGGCGGCGGGGAGCACCGGUGCUUCGGCGCUGCUGGAGAGCGGCGGCUCCGGGCUGCCUGUGAGACAAUAAAAUGCUCUGACGGA